AUCAGCACGGCUCUCUCCACAGCACCGAGCAGGCUGCCUGUCUGCGGGACCGGCCACGCCAUCCAUCCAUCUCAUCCUGACGGGGCUCCGCGGAUGUCUGGGCUCGCUCUGCGGGGUUCGGGUCGUGUGGGAGCGGACGCUUUGGCACCGAGGCGCCGGCGCAGGAGACGAGCUGGUCGGUGCAGCUGCAGCGUUUUGCAGGAGCUCAGACGAGGAGGGGCGAAGCAGCACAUUUCAUUGAGGGGGUGCACUCAGGGACGCUCUGAAUGAGAAGCCGAAUUCUGCACUGCAGUGGAUUUCCUCAGGUGUGUGUGUGCAGGCUCUGUCUCAUUCAUACCCCAACAUCCUGCAGAGGCGUCGUUUGGAGGUCAGCCCGUCCUGCAGCCCCGUGCCACCCUCCAGGAUCCAGACCGUCCAGACCGCCCAGCCUCCCCCCCUCGACCCCUUCCCCGUCUACUCCCCUCCAUGCACCACACACACUUUGUGGAGGCUGGUCAGUCGUCUGCGUUAGUUUGAUUCACAAAAGCCUGCGGGCCUCAGACUGUGGCUGUCGGGCUUCACACUGUGGAUUUAACUGAAAGGACGUUUAACGGACGUCAGGACUGAAGCACAGACCGGACGACGGUUCUGCUCCGUUUGGACGACCUUUGCACGAGGAAAGUUGAACCUGCGCCUCAGGAGGCUGCAGAAGAAGAAAGGUGUCGAAUUCCACCUCAGGGAUCAGAUUUUUAUCAUUUCCACUGUGUCACCCUCGUCAGCACGACGCAGCACAUCUCAGGCGGAACCACAGGUUUCCCAGGUUCCCAGGUUUCGGUUGAGUUUCACCUCAGGGAUUUUUAACCAACAGAGUUUCCGUUUGGUAUUUUUCAAGACGUUUUAUCUACAGCAGAUUCUCAGGCAUCCUAUGAAAUCCUGUCACCAUGGCAUCUGACAAUUUCCAGUACCGGGCCAUCUUUGAGUACAAGCGGGAGCGUGGCGAUGACAUCAACCUCCAGACGGGCGACCUGCUCACCGUCCCCAAGGCCUCGCUGAUGGCGACGGCGGGGCUGGAGUACCAGGAGGGGGCCGAGCGGAGCCCCAAAGGCUGGCUGCACGGCACCAACGAGAGGACCAAGGAGAAGGGAGACUUCCCGGGGACGUUUGUGGAGUACGUCGGCGUGAUGAGAGUCGGACUUCCUGUGGCUAAAUCCUGGCCCAGGCCCGUGCCACCGACCCCUGGAGGGCAACAGACCGCCGUGGGCCCUCAACCGCCAGGAGCAGCUGCUGCUUCAGGUGUGGAGGCGGAGCUUCUGUCUGACGCCGCCCCCGUGGUCGUCUGGAGACUCGUCGAAGCCGUCGAGAAACUCGGUGUGAACAGUGAGUCUCUGUACCGAGCUCCUCCGGCCUCUGGGGGCCCCGUCGAGCUGCGACAGGCUCUGGACUCAGACCCGCUCUCAGUGGAUCUGGACCAGUAUGAUGUGGUUUCUCUGACCGAGGCUCUCAGAGGUUUCCUGCAGGACCUGAGCGGCCCCGUCAUCCCAGCCACAGUCUACAGCGAGCUGGUCUACACCGCUCAAGAGAGUCCGAGCGUUGAGGAGUGCGGCGAGAGGCUGAAGAGGAUCCUUGAAUCUCCCAGCAUCCCUCAGGCCAACCACCAGCUUCUGGUCCACCUCAGCAGACACCUGGCCCGGGUCAGCCAGCACAGCCCGGCCGGCCCGCGGCUGCUGGGCCAGACCUUCGCCGAGCUCGUCUUCAAGAACUCUGCUCUCAGUGCGGACGUGAACCCGGAGCAUCACGUCCGGAUCCUGGAGGCUCUGAUUGCAACAGGCGGACUGCUGGAGGUGCAAACUGCUCCAGCUCUUCCUCCAAAGCCGGCGAAGCCCCAGCAGCCCUCCUCGGUCGUGGUGGGAGGGGGCGGCAGCAACAACAACGCCAAGGAUGGAGGAGCAGGGUGCUCGCUGCAAGAUGCAGAGUGGUACUGGGGAGAUAUAUCCAGGGAAGAGGUGAAUGACAAACUCAGAGAUAUGCCUGACGGGACCUUCCUGGUGCGGGACGCUUCCACCAAGAUGCAGGGCGACUACACUCUUACACUGAGGAAAGGGGGCAACAACAAGCUGAUAAAGAUCUACCACCGCGACGGGAAGUACGGCUUCUCCGACCCCCUGACGUUCAGCUCCGUGGUGGAUCUCAUCAGCCACUACAGACACGAGUCUCUGGCUCAGUACAACACCAAGCUGGACGUCAAACUCAUGUACCCCAUCUCCCGCUUCCAGCAGGACCAGCUGGUGAAGGAGGAUAACAUUGAUGCGGUUGGGAAGAAGCUCCAGGAAUAUCACAAUCAGUACCAGGAGAAGAGCAAAGAGUACGACAGACUGUACGAAGAAUACACCAAGACGUCGCAGGAGAUCCAGAUGAAGCGCACGGCCAUCGAAGCCUUCAACGAGACCAUCAAGAUCUUCGAGGAGCAGUGCCACACGCAGGAGCGCUACAGCAAGGACUACAUCGAGCGCUUCCGCCGCGAGGGCAACGACAAGGAGAUCGAGCGGAUCAUGAUGAAUUAUGAGAAGCUCAAGUCGCGGCUCGGAGAGAUCCACGACAGCAAGGUGCGGCUGGAGCAGGACCUGAAGACACAAGCCAUGGACAACCGCGAGACGGACAAGAAGAUGAACAGCCUGAAGCCCGACCUCAUACAGCUCCGCAAGAUCAGGGACCAAUAUCUAGUCUGGCUCAAUCACAAAGGAGUUCGACAGAAACGAAUUAACGACUGGCUGGGAAUCAAGAACGAGAACACUGAUGAAGCCUACUUUGUGACUGAGGAGGACGAGAACUUGCCGCACUGCGAUGAGAAGAGCUGGUUCGUCGGGGACUUGAACCGGGUACAGUCGGAGGAGCUGCUCAUCGGGAAGCCCGACGGAGCGUUUCUCAUCCGAGAGAGCAGCAAAAAGGGCUGCUACGCCUGCUCUGUAGUUGUUGAAGGGGAGGUGAAGCACUGUGUCAUCUACAGCACGCCGCGCGGCUUCGGCUUCGCGGAGCCCUACAACCUGUACAGCAGCCUGAAGGACCUGGUGCUCCACUACCACCAGACCUCGCUGGUGCAGCACAACGACUCGCUCAACGUCCGCCUCGCAUACCCCGUCUACGCACAGAUGCCCUCCGGACGCAGAUGAACCCCACCCGUCUGCUCACACUCCCACAUAGACUACAAACCAACCCCCUCUCGGGGAAAGGGAGAAUGGGAAGAGUGAGGGAAGGAGGGAGGGGGAGGAUUGGUUGAAGUACAAACGACCCCCAACACCAGACCCGUAAACGAUAGAUAGAAACACUUGCUGCAACACACACGUCAGCCACCUUGGAGUUAUAUAUAUUUUUACAAGAACAUUUUUCGGAGGGCAUUCUUUCUAAAGACUGCUUGAUUUGCACAAGGAAGUUUUAAAUGUUUGUGAAUGUGAAAAAAAAAUAAGCGACAGAGGGAAGGAAGGAAACGGAGUAGGCAACUUCAGAGUUUCAGGUUGACCCCGCUGCUACCUAAACUCCAGCUCAGACUUUUUACUAGAAACUCAAAAAACCAUGCGAAUGACGACGAAGACGACAAGAAAACAUUCCCAUUUUAAACCUUUUCUUUCACCUCAAAUGAUUCUAUUACUGCUUUUAGUUUUAUUUUGUUUCUGGAGUCGUUUUCAUGUUUCAGAUGUUUCCUUUUUCUUUACUCCCAACUUUGUUUGUGGUAAAUGCAAGAGGAGAUGAUGAUGAAGAUGGUGAUGAUGAUGUCAAGUGUCUGUUUCUGUCCCUCUCCGUACGAGAAGCAAGAAUAAUGUAGCAUAACGGAAAACGGACGCUCGAGUUGUGGAGCGUUCCUCCAUGUAGACUGCUGCUGCUGAGGGGUUAAAGGGGAGGGGGAGCACAAGUGACACUAAACAGUUUUGUAGAGUUGAAGGACAAAAGGUUUCUGCUUUUAUACGAACUGUAGAGGUUGUUUUUUUUUUUUGCCAGUGUGUAAAUGGCAACGUCACAGAUUAGAACCAGAGACCAAAGUUGGUGUGGAGUGGGAGGGGCAAAGAGUCUUUUCCUCUUUUCCUUCCCCUUUUGUGAACGGGGGGAGGAGCUAAGAGAAACAAAUGGACGUUGUGUUUGAGACCACACAUAAAACUGAGUUUUGGACCACGUGCUUGUGCACCAAAUAGCCUUUUUUCUGGAAAACCAAAUGGUACGAGAACAGAAACGCCUCCUGUGAACACAGAUGGUCGAGUAGGAAGCACUUAAAGGAGCCUCGUUUGUGACCUCCGCUCCGUGAGCAUCAACCCGACUUGAACAGGUCAUGUUCCUGCGAAUAUGAUUCGUUUUUUUAAAGUGUUUUAAACAAGUAAACUGAUGAUAAAGCAUCUGCCAGGAAGCAUAAAGUUUCGGGCGAAAUUAAACCUUUUCCACCGGUGAAAGAAACCCACCGACAUCUGGCUUUUGUCUGCAACGUGAACGUGUUCAUUCGUUAUUUCUCCAGGGUGAAAUAACUGCAGUCGACUCAGUGUUCGUCUUGUGAUGGGAACACGACACCUGCAUGAGAGCGUCUUCAUCGUGCUCGUGACAUCGAACAUGAUGCCUCGGAGGAAAUAGCAGAAAAGCUAACUUGUCCGUGGUAAUGGGAAAAGAGUCAAUUGGUGUUUUUUAGCGUGUUUAACCACAUUUUUAAAAAAGCAUAAAACGUUUGCGUCGCUCUUUAUUUUACAUGUUUGCACAGUAAGUAAUUAGAACGACAGCUCGGAGCCGCGAGGUCACAAACGGCGCCACACGAGACCAGACGGGAGGAACCAGAAAACCUGAAAACCCAUUUUAUGUGUGGUUGACACCGUGAGAGUGAGAACAGCCGAGUGAAUGCUACCGACUGUGGGUUGAGAACUUUGUGCUUUUUGUUAGAAAACCUUCAGAAAUAAUAAGCUUUGAUAAAUAAUGUUUUUUUAUGUGUAAACGCAGCGAGCGGAGGCGGAGUCCCGAGCUGGAGACACAGGCUUACGGAGAAAAUACUGAAAACUUGAAAGAACGUGCAAUCUAGCGUUGUGUUGACGUAGUUCAGCGGUCGAGCAGAGAGAGAGAGAGAUGCACUACGGUCCCGGAGAUAAUCAAAGUGCACAGUGAAGCUUCUGGAGUGAAACUUACUUUUUGUUUGUCCGUUCUUUUUAUUUUUAUUUCUGUUUGAAUUUUGUUUUUUAGAAGCUCAGAACUUCUUGGCCGGUGCUCGACUUUAUAACCAGUGGAAGCAUUUUUCUGUCAAAGACUAAAACAAAUAAAAAAGCAUCACGCAAUAAAAAUUAUCUUCAAAAACUGAAGAGAAAAACAA